GCAUCAGCAAGAGCAUCUUGCAAACAACAACACUCGCACAAGCAACAAGAUACGUCUUUUCGUAGUGCGUAGCAAACAAACGACGCACAAUGUCGCUCGAAGCUGUUUGGGAUUUGAGAAGCCGAAUCCUUGGAGCGGGAAAGGAUUCUUCGUCCACCGGUGCCGGAGACGCUUCGUCGACAUCGGCAGCCCAGCAACUGCUGCCCUAUUCACCACGAAGCGUCUGCGUUUUUUCGGCGCCAUCUCCUCCGGCUCCCGAAAGCGGAAGUGGCAGUACCUCCAACAGCACGAACCCCUUCGAGGAUGCUCCUUCUCCCAGGGGUGCGGCAUCGAUCAGCAGCGGCAGCCGUCCAAUCCCGCGUGCGAUCGUCUUUGGGUCGGAGGAAGGAAGCCUACACUACAGAAGCUAUGCUUCUCCAGAAGAGUACGGCAGUAGUGAAAGCAGCGGUAGCAAGAGGAACACUGCCAGCCACACGGCAUCCUUUGGAGGAAGGACAAAAAGCCCGAGCCGUCCCGAUCGAAAUCCUAACGCUCCCCGACCGGCCCUUGGAGUCACACCCUCGGGUCGCCCCCCGGUCAACUUGCCACGUUCGUAUCUUCCGGUAGAUCUUCCGGCCAAGUCUCUACCGGGUUCGGUAGUAGAUGUGAUUCCAGCGGUGAUACAGAACUCCCAUGCCACGCAUAGUAUUAACAGCAGUCAUCAUUCUGGUCGAAGAAACGCCUAUAAUUCUAGGCAACGUCCUCCCCAACAGCCUCCUUCCUUCCCGCUGGUAGGUUUGUUUUUGGUAUUGGUCGACGACAACAAGGGAAGCAACAAACAGGGAGGUGCCUUUGUUGCAGCGCUGGUGACUCUCCAAAACGGGGCCUUUACAAAGGUCAACACCACCACUACCAACAAUGUUGCGAGUGCAAUCCAUCCUCGUUUUCAGCUCCCAUCUCGAGUAUCGUGCGCAACCUACCACAAGAAAUGUGGAUACGUAGUCUGCGGGGGCAAACGCAUUACCACGAUUCCAGCCUGGCCGUACAUCGAGGCAGCCGCAGCUGUCUCUUCCUCGGGCAAGCAGCAGAGACAACAACACGCAUCGCAAUCCAAUAGACAUUCGACCACCACCGUCGACUUUUCCGGUACCGUGCUACCACCACCUGGGGCCCGGGGUGGUCCCAGCUCGCUGAUCGUGACUGCAAACGGACACCUUGCGGUGGUUGCGGUGGGGAAUGCCGUCUAUGCGGUUCCGGGAAUUGAGGUCGAAACAACGAGUUCUGGACCAGCUAGCCCAACUUCGGCCUCCUCCACGGCUUCGGCACCGGAAUGCGCCAAAGUCUUUUGCUUUGGACAGUCGUCGCAAAUCCACCCCGUCAUUCUCGUGGACGUUCAAGACCGCUCCGUGUCCGAAAACUGGUCUUCCCUCCUGGUUUGCAACGGCCGGGAGGCCGCUCUUGUCGAUGUUCACCUUGAUUCCAUCAACCAUUUUGCCAGUGCGAGUCCUCCCCGAAACAACGGAUCCACCGCCACUACUACUACCGCGUCUCCCAUUUUAUCGGCGGCGGCUUCCUGGCCGUUUUGUCUGUUGCUGACGAGCGACGGCUUGGUGUCGGUCCGAGCGGCCUCGUGCUUGGCGAUAUCCCUGAAAACUGUAGAGGUUGGUACAAGGCCCAACGACUUUUUUUGCCUCGAAUCUUUUUGGGGGAGCGGCAGCAACGCAGGGGGUGGUCGCUACUACUUUCACCAAUCGCAAAACGCUUCUAUGGACCCUUAUUCUCGCAACAGCAUCAGUAAUACUGCCAAUCCCAACUUUGACGAUUUGGACGAAGGAGAUAGCAAUCACCACCCAUACACAAGCUUUCCCUGGGUGUUGUCGUUAUCGUAUUCGGGACAGGCCAAGCUUUUGCGUUGCCAGGCCGAUACGAUGCAGGACCUAGCCGAUCGGCUGAUGCGGAUUUCAAUCGAUGCCUUUGGGGCCAAUAACUUUCCCCGUAGCCAGCUAGCGGAGGCAUUGCACGCCAGCUUCACGGCUACUUCCUAUGCUGGACCAGAACCUACAGCACAGUCGCGCUUGCUUCUCAAACAAUACCUCGAAUCUAUUUUGGGUCUGGCGGAAUUCGAGUCCGGUGCGGCACCGGGGUGGCCGACGAUUGAUGUUGCAUCGAAUCGUCGGGAUGGGAACAACAAAAAUAGUAUGUUUGGUGGUGGAUAUAGUCCGUUUCGACAACAGAACCGAAAUCAACAAUACGAAAACGAAUUAUCCGAAAGCCCCUUUGCCAAUGAAGACGCCGGUGCUGGUAGUUCAACAGGGAAGCAAAAAACUGAAUUUUCUCCUUCUGUGACUGCUUCCACGCCGAACGCACUUUUGACGUCUACCGCCAUCUUGUGCCUUGUUUGCAUGCAGCUAUCACCAUCUCCCAAGGGAUCAUUGGCCAACCGAGCGGCUCGAGAAUGCGCCUCGCAGAUGGGUGUGGUUCUUUUAGACGAUGGAAAUAAUCGCGGAAUCUCGAAUGCCGCGAUCCAAGUCAACGAAAUGGUAGCCGACCGCCUUCUGAAAGAAGCUGCCUCGAACCGGUCUCUUCUGAGCGGUUCUUCUUCGGCCACCUCUGGUUCCAGCGGGAUGCAACGUAACUCGGGAUACGCAAACGCAAAUGCACAGGCCAGCCUGCAAAUGGAUUUUGUUGAGGCCGCUACAUGGCUUCUACGAAGCUGCGGAAAGCAUGAGCGUGCGAUUGAGGUUCUGAGGGAGCGUCUCCAGCAGCACCGUGCCCCGGAAUCUGCAAAGCAACCCGUCGGCUUUUGGUCCCAGAUCAAGUACGAAUCGUACACCGCUGGUCACCUCAGCGAGCUAUGGGGCACAGAAAGCGAAACCGCCCGGCUCUUGGUCCUACGCUCGCCCGCCACCAUUAGGCUGCUAGAAAGCAAUCCACAAUUAGGGUUGAGCGUAUUUACAGUUAACCAUCCACAGAAUGCCACCCAGUGGCGACAGACUGCCGACCAAGACGAUCCACUUGCCCAUCCGAAGCAUCCCUCACAAGUAGUACGGCUUUUAAAGAGUAUCAAGCCGUCCGUAGCAUAUCCAAAUUAUCGUACAAAGCUGUCCUCCAAGGACAACAGCGCUUAUGCCGAUGCCCAGGACGAAAUUGAAAUCGAAAAUGACGAGGGGUCCGGAAUUCUGCCCCUUGAGUCCGGGCGAGCCUUGGCGGUUUCAUUCUUGGAAUCCUCUGUUGGCAUUUCCACUCAUCGACCCGAGGAAAACGAAUUCGAUCUUUUGGGCAAAUCAAUGGAGUACGCACAGGAUGUAGUAUCAGAUUUUCACGACGAGCUAUGCUUCCUUUUGCUAGAGGGUGUGAUUUCUGAACGGGGUGACAAUUCACAGCAGCAGGACAAUCCACAGAGCGAUUCACUUUCAAGCAAUUCUUCAGAUGGGGAUGUUACUUCGCUUGGUCGAAUCUAUCGGCAAAAAUUGCGGCGAUUUCUGCGGUGGCCCCAAGCAAAAAUUCGAUCGGAGAGGUUGCUCGAGGCCCUGCCUCGAUCCUUUUUCCAAGAACAGGCUCUGGUGCUUGGACGACUCGGAAGACACGAAGAGGCUCUAAAAAUACUUUAUUGCAACUGCAAAAGCAUGACUCUGGCUCUAGAAUACUGUGACAUGCUCCACGGACGGCGGAAAACCCAGAUUGAAAAGCAGCGAGCUCGAUUGGCCGCAGACAGCAUGCUAGAUGACCGAGCGAACGACGAGCUCGACGAAAAGUUUCAAAAGGAAAAUGCUUAUCUACCACUGGUCCGGGUGGCUCUUGAAUCCGACCCCGACAAGAAGCGUGGCAUUGCAUCGGCCAUUCAGAUUUUAGCCAUGCGAAGGGGGGACAUCGAACGGUCGGCUGCACUCCGGCUCCUUCCUAACAAUCUUCCCGUCUCGGCCGUUGCGCGUCCCUUUUUGAUUCCGGCCCUAGUAGACAGUGAGUCGCAGGUGCGGCGCCUGAAGGUUGUCUCCUCGCUGUUGCGUGCCAAGCACACGGCCCUCAAGCAGCAAUUGACGGAUGCACAGCUCAAAUCGCAAGCCAACCUAUACGUUGUUCCACAAUUUCGGGCCAUGAAUAUAGGAGAACCUCUCCAUUCGACAAAACCCUUUAAAGCUAGGUUGUCGAGCUCUGCCUCGCCUACCUUUCCUGAUGUUGUCAUUGUGAAACACUUUUUCCCGCGCCAUCUCAUCAUUCAAGCCAAAAUCACAAACAAUUCCUUAGCGAUCGACGGCCGCGCUCUUGGCAAUCUGGCAUUUGUGGUCGCCGAGUCCUCGGAAGAUGCCAUCCAACCCGCAUCGAUUGCGGCACAGGUUCCUAUCAAGGUUCUGCCAUUUCACACGACUGGUUCUGCCUGGUGUGUUCUGACAGCCUCCCCGAGCCGAAUGGAAGGGACUGCCAUUUUGACUUGUGAGCUGCGUUACACGGUCCUGGGUGUGGACGCCACCAGUGGAACCCCCCUGAGUUUUGGGCAGGGGGCUACGACCGGCCGGACCUACGUUGAGGAACUCCAGGACAUUGAGGUAUUUGCCUCACAUUUUUCGUGACUUGAACGAAUUAAUCAUAAAAAAGGAAUGGGCUUCGAACGAAGCGACCAACUCAGAGAUCUCGAAGUAUGUGGAGCCCUAGAGUACUUAAACACUAUCUAUAAUCAAUACAGUGCAUUAUU